AUGCUAUCUGCGGCGCCGUCCAUAGGUACGCGGCAGUGCCUCCGCCUGCGACCACGCAGCUCGGUGGGGCCGACAAAGCGUUCAGCAGCCACGGCGCUUCCGACAAGCCCAGCACUGCUUCGUCAUCGCGUCGGACUUUCCGCACCGGCCAAGCUCCUUCACACGACUGCUGCCGGAGCGCAAGCCGUGGAAGUCGUCGAUCGAUCGCACGUUAUCACCUUGCCAUCGACGCAGGCAUCGGAAGAGCUCUCCGACAUUGCUCAUCGUGCACGAAGCAUCGCCAAUCCCGAAAGUCAGAUUCUGGGACCAGAAUGGAAAGACAGGGUCGAAUUGCUUUUGAGCAAAGUACACAAUGCGCAGGACAGCACUGCACGUGCGCGAGUCGGUAGCCGUGUCAUCUUGGUGGGAUCGUCGCUGAGCCAAACGAAGCAGCUCUUGACGUCUAUGAUCGACGAGCCUCUGCGGGAACUCGGCUCCUCUCCGAUCAGUGACACGCAACCCAUCUUGGAUGCUUUGGAUCAAUGCGAAAAGUCUGCUCCGCUCAGCAUCCGAUAUGCGCCCGGACCUGCGCAGCUUCUCAACGACCGCUCAGUCACGCUGGAUCGUCAUUGGCUCCAACAUGCACAUCUCGAGAUUGCCGUUCUCAUCGACCCUGUUCUCUCGGAAGCCACGUACGACCUCAUCUACGACAGUGAGGCAGUCCUUUUCGUCACGGACGAUUAUGCGCUCAGUCGAUCAGCACACAGAUCUCGCGGUCUCGGUGAGCGCGGCGACGUAACCCACGAACUCCUCGCACGCUUCGCUGGCAAGCCCAACGCCCAUCUCGUCGUCAAUUCCAUUCUUGGCUCGGAUCCUACUCAGCUUGCAAAUGCGCUCGAGGCAGCGACCGGCGCAUCGGUGUCUGAGCUCGUCCUGCCCAACACCUUGUCUGUUCGCAUCUCUGACGCCAUCGCCGCCAACACAUCGCUUCGACAGGCCCUCAACAAGCAACAGCAAGAGCCAGUCUCACCAGCCCCUACCAACGCACCCUCCACCGCAUACUGGGACAACUUCAGCAGCCGCUAUCAGCGUUCAAAUGUGGCAUCUGUCAUCGCCAUCAUCCAAAACCUAGAUUCUCUAAGCGAGUCUGAAGCUCUAGCUGCGCAGUCUGCAGCCUUUCUGCUCCAGCACUGCAUCGACGAAGCGCUAGCCACUGCCAAGCACAACCUUGCUUGCUUGUACCAGCUACGCUCGCUCGCAAGUGAGGCAAAGGAAGGCGAGAACGCAACCAUCAAGCAAUCGAUCGAACGAAUCUGGCCACCAGCCACCGCAUUCACGGGUCAGCUUUCGAGCGAUGAGAUCAAAGUGUGGCGCCCAGCUUCGCCCGGUUCCCUCAGUGCUGUCGACCAUGCUAUGCAGGAGACAGACAAUUCGAUCGAGUCGACAUUCGAUAACAAACUGCAGUGGUGGAAGCUCGUUUGGAAGGUGGAUGACAUACGCAAGGAGCUCGAGACGGCCUGUGCUGGCUUUGCCGCUUCCCUCGAAUCCGAUCUUGCUUACGAAUCCGGUCGUUUGGCGACUUUGCAGGUGGAGCAAGUGCGAGCUGCCGAUCAGCUCCUCGUUCGUUUCCGACAGCUGGCCGAGAACCUCAGCUCGAGCAUCGCUUCCGUGCCUCUUGACGUGGCAUUGAUUUCCAACCAGGCUGAAGCCUACCGCGCGUCCGAGCUACGCACGAUCGAGCCAUCGACGCUCAUGGAGCCGAUCCAUCGCCGACGUGCCCAGCUCCUAGAGGCUGGCGGUCCCAUCGACGUGCUCGCAUCCAAAUCUCGGAAACUUGCAAUUACUAGCUCCGCCGCCGUCGCCGUCACCGCCGCAGGCGUCGGAUCAGCCAGCGUGCUCGGUUCUUCUCUUGGUCUGGUCGAUGCAUCCUCGGCAUCGCUCGCCCUCGAUCCGGCUACAGGUCUCGGUCUGGGUCUCCUUACCCUCACGCUGGUCGGAUGGAGGAUGCAGGGUCAGUACAACAAGUAUCGUCGACGCUUUCGAGACGAUUGGCAGCGCUUCAGUAAAGGUCUCGAUCAGGAUCUCAGGCACAACCUUGAGAAGGUGUUGCAACAACAGAUCACGGGCUCCUCGAAUCAGGUCGCUUCGAGCGUAGCCUCGCUCGUUCAGAAAUGGAAUUCACAGGUCCAGCAGCACGAAAGGCACGUUCGACAAAUCGCUGCAAACACAGCCAGGCCACGCUUCGCAGCAGCAUCAGCAGCAGACGCCGUGCAAGGUGCAUCAGUCGACAAAUCACUCGCACCAUGA